ACAAAACCCUGAAAGUGGCCUGAACUGAAACAUCCCGAUUCUCACACACCAACCGUCGAACACCUUAAAGUCACCCAAACCGCCAUUGAAACGAGACUCCCACAUAACAACCCAAAUGAAUGGGAACGAGAUUGAAACAAAUAGAAUGAAUUGAUGAGAAAAUGCAGAAAAGUGGAAGGAGAAGAUGGCGAGAUAUUACUCCAACAUGAAGAGAGUGUACGAGUUACACGCCACGCUAAUCAAACGAGGCCAACACCAGAACCCUCUCUCCCUGCGCGCCUUCAUUCUCCGGUGUGCCAACUCAUCAUCACCGCCGGACACCGCUCGUUACGCCGCCUCCGUGCUCCUCCGUUUCCCCAUCCCCGGCGACACCUUCCCCUACAACGCCAUCAUCCGCCACGUGGCAGUUCACGCUCCCUCCCUCGCCCUCGCCCUCUUCUCCCACAUGCACCGCACCAAUAUCCCCUUCGAUCACUUCACCUUCCCCUUCAUUCUCAAAACCUCCAAACUAAACCCCCACAACAUCCACUCCAUCGUUCUCAAGCUCGGUUUCAACUCCUCCAUCUACGUCCAAAACGCCCUUAUAAGCUCCUACGGAACCUCCUCCGGCGGAUCCCUCCAACUCUCCCUUAAACUGUUCGACGAAAUGUCCCACCGAGACUUGGUCUCUUGGUCCUCUUUAAUCUCAUCUUUCGCCAAACAAGGGUUCCCCGAUGAAGCCCUUACGCUUUUCCAACAAAUGCAGCUCUGCCAGAGUCAUAUCUUACAACCCGAUGGGGUCAUCAUGCUUAGUGUGAUAUCCGCUGUUUCGAGCUUGGGUGCCUUGGAAUUAGGUAUCUGGGUUCACGCUUUUAUUUCCAGAACUGGGCUUAGUCUUAGUGUUCCAUUAGGUACUGCACUUAUUGACAUGUAUUCUCGAUGCGGGGACAUUGAUCGUUCUGUUAAGGUGUUUGAUGAAAUGCCUCACAGGAAUGUGGUAACGUGGACCGCGCUCAUUAACGGGCUUGCCGUUCAUGGACGUGGUAGGGAGGCUUUGGAGGCCUUUUAUGAUAUGGUGGAGUCUGGUCUGAAGCCUGAUCGUGUUGCUUUUAUGGGUGCAUUGGUGGCUUGUAGUCAUUGUGGGCUUGUGGAGGAGGGGCGGCGGGUUUUUGAGGGCAUGUGGAGUAAGUAUGGGGUUGCACCGGGGCUUGAGCAUUAUGGUUGUAUGGUUGAUCUUCUUGGCCGCUCAGGCAUGGUGGUUGAAGCUUUUGAGUUUGUGGAGGGGAUGCUUGUUAAGCCAAAUUCGGUUAUUUGGAGGACCUUGCUUGGGGCAUGUGUGAAUCACAAUCAUCUUGGGUUGGCUGAGAAGGCCAAAGAGAGGAUCAAGGAGUUGGACCCUCAUCAUGAUGGUGAUUAUGUGCUUUUGUCAAACGCUUAUGGUGGAGUUGGUAAAUGGGUUGAGAAGGAGGGGGUGAGGAAUUCGAUGAAGGAGGGUAGGAUUGUGAAGGAGCCUGGCCUUAGUUUGGUUCACGUUGAUCAAGUGGUUCAUGAGUUUUUAUCUGGAGAUAAUUCUCAUCCGAAGUGGGAGGAGAUUACAAGAUUUUUAGGUUCGAUUAUUGACACAGUUAAACUUGGAGGUUACACCCCUAUUACUUCUAAUGUGCUGCAUGACAUUCAAGAGGAAGAGAAGGAGCAUUCUCUGGGCUAUCACAGUGAGAAAUUAGCAGUGGCUUUUGUUCUUCUUUAUCAUAGGGAUAGAAAGACCAUUAGGGUCAUUAAGAAUCUUAGGAUUUGUUAUGACUGUCAUAGUUUCAUGAAGCACGUUUCAAGUUUCUUUGAUAGAUAUAUUGUCAUAAGGGAUCGAAGUCGAUUCCACCAUUUUAGCAAGGGAUCAUGCUCUUGCCGAGAUUUUUGGUAAGUUAAUCAUGUUCAAAUGUCAAAAUUCAAGUUUUACUAGCUUCUACGGUUAUAUACGAUUCCAUAAAUUGCAAGUCUAGCAUUCGCAUCCUAAUCACUCAAAGACAGUGUUCAGUGUAUAAAUAUAUUCAGUUUGUUACCAAAUACUAAUUUUUAGCUUUAUUUAUUAAAUAUUUAAUCUAAUGGAUUGACACAUUGUUUUGGGAUUGAAAUGCUUCCUUUAAAGCAAAAAGACUCAAUUUUUGAACACCCACUUUUCCAUAAUCUCUUGACAGGGCCAUUCUACAUCUUUCUCUCUCUAUCCACAAAAACAUAAGAUUUGGAUGUUUCUGCACGUGUCUGACAAAGAAACCAAAUUGGCUUCUGGACCACCAUCAUCACACCAUCCACAAAAAAAAACUUUCUUCACCUCUUUCAAAGAAACCCCACAUAAUUUCAACAUCAUUUCACAUUCUAUCACCAACACACGUCACACAUUCGUAAUACCAUUGUGUAAAGCAUUUGGAGAAAUAAAAACACUAAUAAAAGUGAGUAAAACAUAAACUUUUGUUUGCAAAGUAUAUUUGUUGACUAGAAGCAGUGCUAAUUUUCAUCUUCAUAUCCUAUUCCCAGCAUUGGGCUGAAUAAAAAAAUACAUCGCUUGAUUUCAUUCAUGUUUUUCUUUUAGCUAUAGCAAUAAGUACCAAACCAUGUAGCUAUCUCCCCACCCCGUCCCCAGGACUAUCUAAUUUGUCAUUCCAACAAAAUCUAAAUAACAUAUCUAACAUAUGAUGCUGUUGUCUC